AUGGAAGUUGUCGGAAAACAAAGAGGAGGGGUCUUUUUUUUACAUGGUUAUGGAGGGACCGGUAAAACUUUCACGUGGAGGACACUAUCAAGUGCACUUCGUUUGAAGAAAAAAAUUGUGCUUGUUGUUGCUUCAAGCGAUAUAGCUUCAUUGUUAUUACCAGGUGGACGAACUGCUCAUUCCAAGUUCAAGAUUCCUGUGCCAACACUUGACAACUCCACUUGCAAUAUUGACAAAAACACUGAACAUUCUCAAUUAUUCGAGGCAACGAACAUGAUAAUAUGGGAUGAAGCACCUAUGGCUCAUAAAAAUUGUUUUGAGGCAUUGGAUAGAACACUUAAAGACUUCAUAACCAAGAAGGGUCUUGGGAAUAAAAUCUUCGGCGGCAAAGUUGUUGUUUUUGGAGGAGACUUCAGACUGAUUCUUCCAGUUGUUCCGAGAGAAGGGUGUUCUGAUAUUAUUCAUGCAUCCAUAUGCUCCUCUUAUAUCUGGGACUAUUUCCAGGUUCUAACACAGACAAAAAACAUGAGACUUCAGCAGGGAAGCGAUAAUACAAGUUCUAAGGAAUUAGCAGAGUUCUCAAAAUGGAUUUUAAAUGUCGGUGAUGGUAAGAUAUCUGAACCAAAUGAUGGAUUGGUGGACAUAAAGAUUCCUCAAGAUUUAUUGAUUACCAAUUAUGCAGAUCCUAUCAAAGCUAUUGUUGAAAAUACAUAUCCCAAUUUGGUUAAUGUAUUCCAAGAUGUUGCAUAUCUACAAGGAAAAGUAAUUCUUGCCCCAACCAUUAAAGUUGUGGAUAAGAUAAAUCAUUAUGUAUUGGACCUUAUACCAGAGGAAGAGUAUCUUAGUUACGAUUCAAUUGAUAGAACUGACACGAGUUAUACCAAAGCUUAUGAAGUGCUAACUCCAGAAUUUCUUAGCAAAUUAAGAACAUCAAGUUUACCAAAUCAUAGAAUCAAAUUGAAAGUUGGUACUCCCAUUAUGCUUAUGAGAAAUUUGGACCAAUCAGAUGGAUUGUGUAAUGGAACAAGAUUGAUUGUCACAAGAUUGGCCAAUCAUGUCAUUGAGGCAAAAAUUAUUUCUGGCAAGAACAUAGGUAACCUUUUUUACAUUCCUCGAAUGUCUAUGUCACCUUCAGAGUCACCGUGGCCAUUUAAGUUGAUUAGGAGACAAUUUCCAAUUAUUGUCUCUUACGCAAUGACAAUUAAUAAGUCUCAAGGCCAAUCUCUUGAUAGUGUUGGUUUGUAUUUGCCUUCUCCCGUGUUUAGUCAUGGACAACUUUAUGUUGCAAUCUCAAGAGUUACUACAAAAAGUGGUCUUAAAAUCUUAAUACACGACAAAGAGAAUGUUCCGUGCUCCACUACCACAAAUGUUGUAUACAAGGAGGUUUUCCAAUCACUUUGUUAG